AUAUAUCCAUUCCAUUUCAUUCAAUCAGGGCCGUUGAAAUUGUGGAAUGUCCCGUGAGUGAGAAAGUGAGAUAUAUAAAUUCCAUAAUAGCAGUCUCCAUUCACCCCCCUCCCCUUCAUUCUCUCUCUAUCUCCAAAUGGGAAGGCACUCUUGCUGCUACAAGCAGAAGCUUCGCAAGGGCCUUUGGUCUCCCGAGGAAGACGAGAAGCUCUUGAAUUACAUCACUAAGCAUGGCCAUGGAUGUUGGAGCUCCGUUCCUAAACUAGCCGGUUUGCAAAGGUGCGGGAAGAGCUGCAGAUUAAGGUGGAUAAAUUACCUGCGGCCAGAUUUAAAGAGAGGAGCAUUCUCUGAGCAGGAAGAGAAGUUGAUCAUUGAGCUGCAUGCGCUUCUUGGUAACAGGUGGUCACAGAUUGCUGCACAGUUACCUGGCAGAACUGAUAAUGAGAUCAAGAAUCUUUGGAAUUCCUGCCUCAAGAAGAAGCUCAGGCAAAGAGGGAUUGACCCUAACACUCACCAACCUCUCUCUUCAUCCAACAACAACAACGACAACAACCACCAUCAACCACCAACCACCACCACUGACCACCCAAAUUCAUCAUCCAUCGACAACAAGGAAUCAUCAUCAACACUCUUCCUAGAUACACCUACUACUACUACUACUACUACUUCUUCUUCUCAUGAUAUCGUGGGUUACCUCUCCUUCACCAACAACAACUAUGGAACAACACCAACCUCUCUUUGUACUUCUUCAUCUUCAGACCUCAAUUCCGCUAUGUUCACUUCACUUUUCCCACCACAGAUCAUCAGGCCUACUGCUACAACCACUGAACCCCUCAAUUGGGAAAGCAGCAGCUUCGUUGAUAGCACCAGCACCAUAGCUUGGGGGCAAGAAUCCACUGCUAUAGAGGCGGCAGAAAAAGUAGAUGACAUAAAUAAGUGGUCUGAAUAUCUUAACAGCAACAUCAACCCCUUCUUCCUCGCCAACAACAACAACACAAUCACACUGCCUUCUCCUUCUAUCUACACCACCAACGACGACAUCGUCAAACCAGAAACUUUCAUAAAUGUAGAUGAAUCCAGUACCAUCGCCUCCUGGCACCAAACCACCACCAGUAACGCCUCAACCCACCACCAACACCAACCACCUUUUCAGCAGCCCUCAGAUUUAUACACCAAAGAUCUCCACACUAGAUUUUCACUGGCCUUUGGACAAACCAUGUAAAAACUAAUGCUAUUAAGGCAAGGCGGUGCCCACAUUUUCCAAUCUCAACAAACCUAGGGUCACAAAAUUUGUCGCCACCUCCAUCUGACCCGCAACCUCUGUGUGCUGUAAAUCCUUUUCUUUUUUUUUUUUAAUUUUGUUUCUGAUAUUGUAAAUGUGUCUGAUACAAAAGAGGAGAAGAGAGAGAGAGUUAUUAUUAUUAUUAUUAUUAUUAUGUUACAGCAGUAUAAUAUUA